AUGGGCUUAAUAUUGUCAGUUGUCAAAAGUGCGCUAAGGAAGAAAAAACGCGGCAUGCCGUUUGAAAUUUCCGUGGCCCCAAUGAUAGACGUGUCCACGCCGGAGUAUCGCCGGUUCAUGCGAAUUGUGUCCCCCAGCUCGUAUGUGUUCUCUGAAAUGGUGGUGGACACGUCUCUUAUUCACAUGAGCAGCUCUGUUUUGGAGAGAAAAAUAGGGCUGCCAAGCGCCAAGUGCAUUUUGCAGAUAGGGGGGUCUGAUCCAAAACAAAUUGCGCAGGCGGUCAAAAGGGCGCAGGCGCUGGGAUAUCGCCUCUUCAACCUCAACUGCGGGUGCCCAAGCGACAGGGUGCAGAGCGGAAGCUUCGGGGCUGUCUUGAUGAAAACCCCGGAGAGAAUCGCAGAAAUUGUGCAGCGCGUGUUCUCCGAGACAGGCGUGGUGAUGAGUGUGAAGUGCCGGAUUGGGGUGGACGACGUCGAGGACUAUGCGUCCUUCAAAAAAAUGAUAGAGGUUAUUGCAAACAGCACGCCGUGCAAAACAUUCUAUGUGCAUGCGAGGAAGUGCCUUUUGAAAGGCCUCUCCCCCGCGGAAAACCGAAGAAUCCCCCCGCUGAGGUACGAGUAUGUCUUCCGGCUGAAAAAAGAGAUGCCGUGGCUGAACGUUGUGCUAAACGGCGGAAUCCGAGAAAUAGAGGAGAUUCAGGCUGUAAAGGGGAGGCUGGACGGCGUGAUGCUGGGAAGGAAGCCCAUGGACGACCCGAUGUUUUUUGCCGAAAUAGAGGAAAAGGUGCUGAAUAACGCACGGAUUUCCACAAUGGACGCAAUAUCCACGUAUCUGGAGCAGCUGAAGAGAAGGCCGCACGAAAGAGAGCAGUUCAUGCAGAUAGACGCGCACGCCCCCGCCAUGUACUCGACUCCAAACAGAAAGCGAGACCACGAUCCAAACGCGCUUUCAAACGUGCGGGUGCUCCCAGGCGGGGAAGUAGAGUACCUGUGCAGGCACAUAGACCUGAAGCCCAUAGAGCCAGUUCUGCACGGAAAGCGAGGCUGCAAAGAGUACAAACGAGAAAUAGCAAGACUAGCCCGGGAAAGAGUCUGUGUUUCGUCUGUUGUCCCCAUCAUACAAAAAUAUCUUGAUGGUAGUAGCCCGAACACCCCAAAUUCUGAGCAAAUAAAGUAG